UUUGGCAAGACCUGCGCAGGCCGUGCCCCCUGCCCCAGCCCCGGAGGAUGAAGAGAAGGAGGAGGAGGAGCAUAGUUUCCAGAGCGAGCAAAACGGGAUUCGCAUCCGAGAGCAAAGAGCUGGGUGGAAACACAGAACGUGGAGAGAAACGCAUCCUUAACGAAGGCCGCGUCUUUUUCUACUGAAAUGUUUUUAACCCGCUUCUGCCUUUUGGUGUCUCUUUUUUUCUGCUCGUGCAGGUGCUCUUUCAAGCAGCGCUUUUUGGGGCAGAGGCAUGCCAGCUCUGACACUGUGUUCUCUCCCAGAAUGGUGCUUGUGGGCUGCAGCUUUUUGUAGAUGUCGUUGCUUUCUGUUACAAGGUGUGCUGCAUCGUGACAGGAGCAGGCUUUUUAAAGCUGUUUGCUUUGAGCCUUCUUGGCACAUUCAUGCUAGGUUUUUUCUCUGCUUUAAAAAAAUAUAUAUUUAAAGUGCUUGGACAAUUUUUGCCUCUCUGCUUUAAUAGGAUUUGCAGCUGUGAAUGCGCUUUAAUAGAAUUUACAGCUGGGCUGAAGUAUUCCCUCUCUUAAAAUAACAUUGCAGCUUCGUGAUUCGGGAGAAUGUGCCUCCCACUAGCUGCUUUGUCUGUAGCUCUGAAUGCUGUGGAGCAAGAGGAGAAUAUGAGCAAAACCAAAACUUUUGUAUGUGGCAAAAUAGGAAGCAUAACCCUGUGGUUCAGGACUGGAACUAUAAAUGAGUGCACUUGGGUCUUGUUUUUUUUUUUUUUUUUUGGCUUUGCCAGUGCCUUGCUUUCUGCUCCCGCACGCAGCUGUUAACCUGCCAGUUUUUUCUGUCAUUAAAAUGGGAAUAGGAAAACCUCAGAGCGUUGUUAGAUCAUUAGGUGAUCGUUCUGGGGAUCUUUAUGUACUGCGGCGCACUGGAUUAGAAAGAUGGCAGGUGGGAAAUGGUGCAGGAUGUGGUGUCGUUGGAGCCCAGAGAGAGCUGCGGGUCUUCUGUUUCUCAAACUGAAAAGCAGUUGGUGGCUGGGGAACCAACGGAAGAAAUGUGUUAUCUUAAAAAGCUGCAUAACAGAUACUGCCUGCCUUUGUGGCUCCGGGCCAGCAGUUUUCAGAGCUGGUCCCAGAAUGUCAAUCCAGAACAUACAGAAAAGAAAGCAGCGAGACUCUGCAAAGUGUUUUAAAUCUUGCAGGUAAGGUUUUCAGGGAAGAGAUGGAAGAGAGCCACCUCGGCAUAUGCAGUUUGCUCGACAGGCAGAUGCCCUCGCUCUGGAGAGCAGGACCCCUGCCAAAACGUUGGAAGAUUGCAGGUGGAGAGGGUGGCGUUACGCAAGUGUCACGUCCUGAAGAUGCUGCCUGCGAUGGAGGGAAGCAGUGGGGGAAGCCUGCCUCUUCUUCAGCGUGCCCCGAAGGAGCUUGUAGGGCCGUGCAGUGAAGGCAGCCCGCAAUAACUCAGAUUUCUGAUUCCCAGGAGCAAGCUCUGGGCAGGGAGCAGGCGAGAGCCGAGCGUGCCUGGCAGCGCCUGACCGACUAGGAGCCCGCUGGCAAAGUGCUCGCACGGAUGUUACGCUCCGAGUCCACGUUUUAGUUCUGCCUCCAGUCCAAAAAAGGUUUAAGUCCCAUCGAACACAUUGGAACUAGAAUGUGUGCGUAGAUGCUUGGCUGAGCUGUGGCUGGAGCCGCUGGUGGUUCUGCUGAGGCAGGCGGUGAAGAGGCCAACGAGACUGCUUCAGUUCAGGUUUCCAAAACCAGAGGGAGAACUUCCUUGGCAUCAGGGAGCUACUGAGGCAGCUUUCAAGCUUGGAAUGGAGCUGGUGAACAGACAGGAUCCCUACCUCCGAGAGGUCGUGCGGUCUGCAGUGUGCUGCAGAGCCCUGACGCUUCUGCUGCAGGCAAGUCUGAUCCUGAACCGAAGGUGCUGCAGUGUCUGUUGUUCGCUGCUCAGAGGCUUCUCUCCUUGGUACCACCUGGUGCGCCACGAGCUGGCUGCUUCUGCGGGGCUGGGAAAUCGCCUUCCCAUGUGGAGAAGCAGGAGGCCAGCUGCAUCCAGGGAGGCCGUGUUCAACCUCCUGAUCCCGGACCACGCUGCGGAUGCCUUCUCCCCGCCUCGACUGCCCGAGCCCGGCGCGUGGGACGUGCUGGCGGAGCGGCUGCUGGGAGGCCUGGCGCGCUGGGACGCCGAGCACUUCCUCUUCAUCGCCGAGCGGGGCUACCUGUACGAGCACAACUGCGCCUUCUUCCCUCUCUACCCCCUCAGCCUGCGUGCCGUGGCCGAGGGGGCUCUGUGGCCCCUGCAGCCGCUGCUGCGUUUGCGGAGCCGCCUGCUGCUCUCGGCCGUCCUUCUCAACUCGCUCUUCUCCGUGCUGGCAGCCGCUGCCCUGUACGAGCUGGGCUGUGGCGUGCUGCGGUGCCGCAGGGCAGCCUUCCUCGCCGCCCUUCUCUUUUGUAUCAGCCCUGCCAACGUGUUCAUGGCAGCUGCUUACUCGGAGAGCAUGUUCGCCUGCCUGGCGUUCAGCGCCAUGUGGCGACUGGAGAAGGGGCAGAGGCGGCUCAGCGCUCUGCUCUUCUCCCUCGCUUCUGGCGUGCGCGCCAACGGGCUGGUCAAUGCCGGCUUCUUCCUCUACUCCUGCACUAAACGCUUCGCCCUCGGGUUCCAGGUGGGCUCAGGACCGGGAAGGAAGCUCUCUCCUUUAUGGAGGCAGCUCCUUAGCGUGGCAUCUUCAGCGGUUGUGACGUGUGCCGGGAUUUGCCUGCCUUUUGUUUUAUUCCAGUAUUAUGCCUACGUGAGGUUUUGUGGCCCUGGCACUGGCCUGGAGCUGGAUGUCCCCAAGCCGCUGCGGCAGCUGGCUCUGGACAAAGGCUAUCAUCUGGCAGCCACGAGCGGGGUUAAACCCAUGUGGUGCUCCCAGCGGUUCCCUGUGGUCUAUUCCUAUAUUCAAGAUGUUUACUGGAACGUAGGCUUUCUAAGGUAUUUUGAGCUCAGACAGGUACCAAAUUUCUUGCUCGCUUUGCCUGUCACGUUUCUGGGCUUCUGGGCUGCCGGGACCUACGUCGUUGCAAACCCUCGGCACUGCCUGACUCUUGGUCUAGAGAGAAGAAAGGAUGAACAAGAGGGUAAACCAAGAGCUGGAUUUUGCUGCCCCGCUGUCUUUGUGUACGUGGUCCACGCCACGGCCCUGCUGCUCUUUGGAUUCUUCUGCAUGCACGUGCAGGUGCUGACCAGGUUCCUCGGCUCCUCCAGUCCCGUCCUCUACUGGUUCUCGGCCCACCUCCUGCAAGAACACGAGCGCUGGCUCGGGACUGAAGGCGCUGCCGGGCAAACCGCGGUUCCUCCCCCCACGGGGUCGGGGCUGGGUGCGUCGCCGGGCUCCUGUGGGACGGGGGCUGCGGCAAACCCCCUGCUCAGGCUGCUGCGGAGCUACCCCCUCGUGACCCCCCGCAGCAAGUGCGUCCUGGGCUAUUUCCUGGCCUAUUGGCUGCUGGGGCUGGCUCUGCACUGCAACUUCUUGCCUUGGACGUAGGCAGCGGCUGUGCCUCCGUGUCUGCACAGGCUGCAGAGGGGGCGGUCAGCAUAGAAGCUCACUUCUUCUA